ACGCUGCGGCUCCUUCCGACUGUCAUUGAGAUUUCGAUACAAAUCUCCUGCUUGCCUUAUGGUUAAGAACCAAGAUGAAUACUAGAGGAAACGCUCAGCAGCAUUGGCAGCCGUCCGAAACUCGUGUGAAUCCGGAGUUACAAGUACAGCAAGUUUCCACAGGGUCUGGCCUGCCCAUUGUUCACCCUCAAUCUGCCCCCUUCUCCGGUCAGCCACGGCUUGCGUCGGCACCCGCACCCUCUGUCUCUUCGCAAUUACCUACUCCCCCGACUUAUUCUUGGCCUCCUUCCUCACAAGGCCAGCCUCCCAUCGUUCAUCACCACCAAUCACGUCAAACUGCAUACCCAUUGUAUUCAUCACCUAUUGGCUACGACAUUUCACAUGGAAACCCAAACCCACCGAAUUCCUCCACCGCACCGGUGCCAUUCAAUCACUCCCAGCUUCAAACGAUGGAUCAUCGCACCAGCGCAACAGUUUCUUCUGCAGACAAGAGUCAGCCUGGUGGACGAACCGUAUCGACCGUUCAGCAGCCACAGAGGCGAGAACAGGCACAACUCGGCCAGCCCUCCACUCACGAGCCCCAAGACGCGGUGGCUGUAGCCCUCAAGUUCCGGGGAUUUCGUCCAUGGGGGGGCUUUCAACUCGCACCACAGGCAUCCAACAGAAGAUUUGUGCAAUAUCAGCCGGCAGAGAUUCAUCCUGGGGCGGGCUCUACCUCGAGCGAGUCCCAGCUUACACAUGAUAGUUUGUUGAAUACCACAGUUUCAAAACGAGAACUAAACAGUGCCUUGAGGUUUGUAAGCCCAAAUACGGUUGCACGAGACGUGCUGUAUGCUCUCGAAAAGCAUCACAUUUUGGAUGCUCUGUCGGCUGACCAUCAAAAAACUAAACGGAAACGUGCUUCAGGCGAAGAGAGUCAGACAGAGUUAUCUGCUGUAGACGCUACAUUGCGGAUUAGCACGCCAAACGGGACCAAACCCACUGGAAAUGUCGUUAUUUCCUCCGGACAUGGUGACUCAAAGGUGGCGCCGUCUGAAUUCACACAUGUCGGCCACACCAUGGGUCACCCAAUAGGUUUUGAUCCAACAUCGGCGGGUGGGCUACUGAACAGCUCGGAACGGCACCUCCAUGCAGUCGAUACCUCAAAACUUGCCACCGCUGAGCCUACGCUAUCUGAGGUUACAACAGGGAAGGCACCUUCCGAAAUUGGCUCGAACACAGCUGUACAACCCAAACUUACGUCUCCUGCCCCAUCUCAAGCCAGCCCGUCAAAUAUUGUCCCGCAGUCCAGCCCUGUUUCAGCGGCGACUAAGGCGGCCUUCUCUCGUUGGAGAUCUUCUUUAGGGGCGAGUUUUGGAGACAGCGAAAAUAUGCGGCUUCGGAUGCAGCAGCAGUCAAGCAGUAUUCAGGACGCGGUUUCACAGUCACUAGGACCCAGAGAUGCUAUUCUUAUGUCCUUUCCCUCUCGACAUAGCCAAAAGCAUGGUUUCCCCCAUCCGCUGGGGUCUGAAGCUGACAAGAAAGCGUCAAAUGGAAAUAGGGACGGCAAGAUGGAAAUGGCACAAGCGGGCGAUUUUCCUCCCAUUGCUGCAGAUACCAGCCCAUCAUCCUCGGACCAUUCACUCGAGCUAGGCGGGGCACCAUCAUCGCUAGGGGCCACUUCUCAAGGCUCCCGUACACAAGCGAAUGCUACCAAUGGCCUCAGCUUUGAGCCUAAUUCAUCCCGACACAGCAUCAACUGGACCGACGAAACUCCCGGUUUAAUCCCACUUGCGAGCAUCAGACUCCCACCUUUAUCUGUGCUUGGACCGAAUUCAACCGCGGAAGUUUCACGAGGGAAUAAUAGUGUAGUAACUAAACGUUUGAAUCAGAUUGCUCCUAAAGCACAUUUUGCCAGUGGUCAGAUUCCUUACGUCGAGAUUCCCCUGGAAUCGCCCCGCAAGGUGUUUGAGGGGCCACGAACAACUGGCAUGAAAAAUGAGAGGAGCGGUGAGUGACAAGGGAUAGUGGCGUAUUCGUUCGAUCGACGGGGUAAAACCAUGCAGUAUAUGACUUUGCCCCCCUUUGGCACACACUUCGCCCAGUAUUAUGCAACUGGUCAGGAUGUGGCAUAAC